CAAAGCCAAAAAUAAGUUUAAACAUCACAUUUUGGAUUUAGAACAAAAACAACUAGCAUUUAUUUUGUAAGAGUAAGGAAUAAUUAUAAAUUCUAAUCAAUCAAAUCGCUGGGCCUAAUAAUUAAUUAAUAUGAAAAAUCUUAAUCUGAAUAAAUAAGAAUAUGAUUCAGCUGUUCUAAUGCUUAAAGAGAAAUAAUCCUUUGAUAAAACAGUUGUGAAUGAAAUCAAGUAAGUUUUUGAAAAAUUUCAUCAUUUGAACAAAAGUGUUUUAUAAUAAAUUUUGGUAAACUUUCGAUUAUAAAAUUUUUAAUAUGAUGUCCAAUAAUUAUAUGAUGAUGCGACCAAAACAUUGAAUAAGACCAACACUGAAUAUGUGUAUGACAUAGAAGAUAAGAUUAAAUAAAAUAGAUUUAAGUCUUUAAAUGGAGGUCAUGAAUCCGAAGCUUCCAUAGUAUCAAUUACAGAGAGUCCUACACAUUUAAUAUCUGGAAGUGAUACAGGCAAUAUCGUUGGAUGGCUAAAACCAAACUAUUCCUUAGACUUUAGAAUGAAGGCAAAUGAAGGAUUAAGUGCUCUAGCCGUCGCUAAAUUAUAGGACUAAUAUUAUUUAUUUGCUGGAGGGUAAGGUAUCAUAACUGCUUUCUCCUUGUAGUCUAAAUUAAAAAUCUACAAUCUUAACGGCCACACAUAAAGGAUAUCUAAAUUAUAGUCUUAUUCUUUAAGGAACUUGAUAUCGUCAUCUUAAGAUGGUACAAUUAAAUUAUGGGAUUUGAAAGAAAGGAAAUAUUUUAAGUCUUUUAAUGCUCAUUAAGGUCCUGUUUCAGAUUUUGUGUUAGAUAAAGAGUUGGUUUCAGUGGGCUAAGAUGGUUAAUUGAAUUUUAUUGAUUUGGCGAGUCAAACAAUAAGAAAAUCAACUUAGUUCCAAAUUCCCAUAUUUUGUAUAGGAUAAAUUAAGCAGGGCAAGUAUGCUUUGGGAAUGGGAGAUGGAAGCAUAAAGAUUUUGAAGGGAACUAAAACAAGGGAUUAUAAAGUUAGCGAAGAUGUAAUUUAUAGAUUGUUACCAUUGAAUACGAAAUAGAUCGUUUGUUAUUCUGGAGAUGGUUAUUUGUGUGUAAUAAAUUUAAAGAAGUCAACUAAGAUAUUCAAAAGUGCCAUUUAGAAGGAUGGACAAUGGCAAGAACUCUGUUAAAUUGAUAAAUAACUGAUAGUACCACAUUAGGGGAAUAUCAAAGUCUAUUAGAAAUGA